CUAACCAAUCAAUCAAAAAUUCAAAACACAAAACAUACAGAUUCAAAAAAUAUAAAUGAAAUCAGCAAUUAAAUAAACUAAUUGUUCAAAAUGCACCUAAAAUUUUACAAACCCAUCUUCUAAACCAUCAAAACCGAAAUAAUUCUGCUCACUCAAUCAAGAUGCUUCUAAGAUUUGUACGGCCUUACUGCAAGCGAAUUUUGUCCGAGGCUUCAAGGAAAGGAGACAUAGUGAGAUACAACUGCGGGGGUCCCUGCCCACCACCGAUCCCGCCGCAGAAGCCCGGGGCCAGCUGCGCCCCCGACCGCACCGUCUGCCACGCGCCCGACCCCUGCGUGCCCAUCACUCCCGCGCCCCCCGCGCACCGCGGACCCAUACCCUACAACCCCUGCUGUCCCACCCCCCACCACUGCAACAACUCCUGGAAGAAGUAUCGCAACCUGUUCAUCUUCAUACUGCUACCUCUAAUAUGCAUCCAGGCGUACAACGCAUUCAGCCACGACCCACCUGCAAAACCACCGUGCAUCGAUUACGAAUAUAUGCGCAGGCGCACGAAGAGGUUUCCCUGGGGAGAUGGCAAGGAGAGCCUGUUCCAUAAUCCGCACUUCAACUACCUGCCAGGCGAGUGCCCGGAGCCUCCUCCUCCGGAUUGCGAUUAACUAACACCGUUACUCCAAUAAAAUUGUUAUGUAACUACUUA